UCCGGCUCUCUACAAUUGCGCGGCGAUCUCUGCUUAGCAUCUAAUCAUCCUCUACUUACUUCAAAGCAACGCACUACCAUAUCGGUUCAUAGGUAGCCUUUGUACGGACCAUUCUGGCGUCUGACUGUUGUUCACAUCGUGCCGCGAUGAAUAGUGCUACUUGCGAAUGCCUUGCGUCGGCAAAUGAACUCCUAGCUGCUCAUUCUGCCUUGGUCUCUCGUAUACGCGCGACGCAGAAACACCAUCGUCGCCAGCUCAGAGCUCUAUCUUCGCCGCCCUUUGACAUUCUUAAAUCACCAUUGAUCCUUCGCCUCCACCUUCACCGCCGUUAUCACCGCCUUCUUCCCCUCAACUUCCCCCGAAACCUCGUCUCAUUCGUCAGGAUCUACCACCGGCGAAGAAGGCGCGUGCCGCACGUUACCAAAAUUACGUUCCGGAGGAGGAGACUAUCCGGAAUGACUACUCGCAGCGAUACGUAGAUGGCGGAGAGUGGCCUCAGGAUUGGGUGUUAGGUGCCGACCCGGAGCAUCGCUUCGAGGAGUGAGUGGUCUACUCCUUGUGCACCCAUAGCUAAGCCCGUUCAUCGAACAGGUACCCCAAGCAACAGCGGCUGCUCGCGCUAAAGAAGGCUUCAGUCGCAGCG